CGCCGACCUCCGCUUCCACUGUAAAACACUUAUAACAGUCAUUGACCUUGCGCCGCCUGCAAACGAUUCGCACUCGAGACGUUUUCGCGUGCUUGGAUUAGCGUGAACGAACCCCUUGGUCGCAUCCACGACUCGCGGACAAAAGCCACCCCACGUCAUCGUCACCCAAUACGCAUCGCCCGCACCGCCGGCUAGCUACUCCGUAUCUCGAGCUGGGCUAAUAAACUAGAAAAUCAAAUCAUAUCAAAUCAUCAUUUGGAGAGUGGAAAAACCAAUAAACAGGCCUAUCCCUGGAUACCAACCAUGCCUGCUGCCACACAACCUUCAGACGCAGCGGGAGCCGCAACCGCGACAGUCCCCCACCCGAUUCCCCUCACAGAAUCCGAGGUGCUGAUCCGUGGAUUUCUGGCCGCUAACCCGGAUCUCGACAACGACAAGCAAUCGCCGAUUGAGAUUAUGACGGAUCGAUAUACAAAUCCGGAGUGGCAGGCGCAGAUUGACGAGACAAUCCGGCACGUGCUGAAGGAGGUGGAGAGCGGGGAGCGCGCAAACAAGGUUUACGAAGGACCACGGAUGCGGAACGGAGAAGAGGCGUUGAAGCAACUGGCCAAAACAAUCGACCACACCGUGUUGAAGCUGGAUGCUACGAGUUCGGUUGUAGACGGCUUGUGUAGCGAGGCAAGAACCGAGGGGUUUAAGUCUGUAUGUGUCCGUCUAAACUGGGUGCAGCGCUGUGUAAAGAACCUCAAAGGCACAGACGUCCUCGUCGCAUGUGUCGUCGGUUUCCACGAGGGAACCCAAGACACAUAUUCAAAAUGCCGUGAAGCACGUGCUGCCGUUGCAGCCGGCGCAGCAGAGCUCGACGUUGUGCUCAACCACUCGCUGCUCACAAAGCACAACCGCCCAGAGACUUUGACCCGCACCUCCAGAGAUUCCGCCAUUGACAGCAUCACGGCUGCCAACACAGCCAAGAAUGCCGGCACCAGCCGCAACAACUCUAUUGCUACAGGCCAAGAUGAGAUUCCAGACUACAGCGCCAUAUACAGAGAACUAGCUACCAUUCGCUCGCUCUGCCCUAAGACAACGCUCAAACUCAUCCUCGAAACCUCACAGUUGACAACCACCCAAAUCCUCGCUGCCUCGCACCUCGCAGCCGCCGCAUCAUUUGACUUCAUCAAGACUUCAACAGGCUUCAACGGACCGGGCGCCACGUUGCCUCACGUCCAGCUCAUGGUAGGAGCUGCAGAGUAUCUUGCCGCGAAGGGUGUGAGCAGGCGGAAGAUGGAGGUCAAAGCCAGCGGCGGCGUGAGGGAACUCGACACCGCUGUCAAGAUGCUCGAGGCUGGCGCUACCAGACUGGGCACUAGCAGUGGGCUCUGGAUUAUGCAGGAAGCGAGGGCAAAGGUGGGCCAGGAGAAGGUAGCUGCGGGGCUCGCGGCGACCGAGAAUAGGAGACCGAGUCCAGUUACGAGGCUGUAUACUGAUGAUUCGUCGUAUUAGAGGUAGAGGAUUAUGGUAGUAUAUAUGUGUACUUAGGAUACAAUGCAAACGCCUUUGUACCCAAACUCUAUUUACCUAUU